UGACUUCCAAUGACGUUUUUCUCGUUAUUUUUCACCUUUCGAAGAGUACAGAAUAAUUUUACUGGAUGAAUUGUUUCUAUGCGGUUGUUUGUUAACGCGUUUAUUCGAUUUGUAGUGCUAGUUAUAAUAGUUGUGCUUUAUUAUAUCGUUUCAUCUUGCGAAGAAUGGCUGACGAUAUUAAGACGGUUCUAGCCAAACUGAACUCGAUCGAGAUUACGGUCGAAGAGAUCACCAAAAAUGUAGCGAGCAUAAAAAAGUCGAUAGAGAAACUAGAAGAACAGGUAUCAAAUUUGAGUAAAAAUCAAGAUAUGGCGAAUUUGAAAAUAGAAAAUUUGAAGAAGAGUAAUAAAGGUCUUCGUCGUUCGGUCAACCAAUUAGAACAACACGCUUGUAAGAACAAUGUGAUUAUCUUCGGAGUUCCCGAGACGAAAGGCGAAAAUAUCAGAAAAAUUAUAUUCAACAUUGCGGAAAAGUUGGACAUCCAGUUGCAUGAUUAUGAUAUAAUAGCUGCCAAUAGAUUACUUACCAACUCACGGGGUACACCAGCUAUUUUAGUGCAGUUGAACGAUAGGGAUAAAAGGAGCCAGUUUAUCAAACAGUCUAAAGCUAGAAAAUUGAACGCGAAGAAUCUGGGUUUCAACUCCAAUGAGAAUAUUUAUGUAAAUGAACAUUUAACGAAGCAUACGAUGAGCUUGUUCAAGAAAGCCAAGGCGCUAUGUGAUGAAGGCAAAAUCCUAUCGACGUGGUCGUUCGAAGGCAACAUUUACAUAAGGAAAUCAGAGGGAUCAGAAUCUACGAAGAUUUAUGAUGCUGAUCAGCUGGAUAAUUUCAUCAGAAUCGUGUGUCCGAGUAAACUGAAGAAAAUGGGUCUAUAUUGUAAGCUCUAAUAAUUCUAUUCAACUUGAUCCUUCUUACCUACUGAAAAAAUUCCCUCCUUUUGGAAACAGUCUGAUACGUUUAAUAUUCAAAAGGUGACCUCCACAAU